CACGCAAGACAGCUUAGGGCAGCCACAUCAUCCACGUCAUGCUGCUGCGAGCCGCCCUGUGGCUGCUUGCCGGCGUGCAAGCAGCAAUACCUAACGCGACCCUCGCGAAGGCCAGGGCAGCCCUCGCCACGCUGCAGGCGUCGCGCGCCGUCGAAGACCUCCUCUCUGAAGAGCCAAACUACGAGGGCGCGCUGUGCGUCUGGGCGCUCGGCGAGGCCGGGGCCGACGCGGCGAGCCUGCAGGGCACGUCGUACGCCGCCGGCGACGGCGCGGUCCUCGAGUUUUUGAGAGGCGGCGGCGGCGGCGAGGACUACGCCUCGUUCGUGGGGGAGAGCCUCGGCGACAAGCUAUCGGCCGCGGCGGCGCUGCUGGUCCCGCCGCUGUUCGACGCCACGGUGGACCUGGACCGAGCGCGCUCGAUCGUGCUCGGUUACCAGCUCGUGCCCGACGCGUCCAUGGGCGGAGACGCUGAGCGAGGCUUCGUUACGGCGCUCCCGCGUGGCGGCGCCUCCUUCUACCGGCAACGGACGUCGGUACGGACAUCGGAAGGCAGCGGCGGCGGCGCGGGCUGGAACGACGACUAUGCGAGGGACUCGCACCGGGUCGCCUGGUCGGACGACGUGUUCAUGGGCGUGCUGAACGCGGCGGCCCUGGUCGAACACCACGACGUCGAGCCCCGCGACGCCGUGGCCAUCGCGACGACCCUGGCGAACGUCACCCAGGGGUUCCUCGCCGUGUUCGGGAACUUGAGCCACGGAUUUGAUUUGGACGAAGAAGUCGCGUCGGAGGCCCGCUGGUCGCGGGCGUGCGGCUGGGCCGCGGCCGGGUUGGAACUGGCACUCGGGGCGCUCCUGCGCCUGGACGCCCGCGGCGCGGCGCCGCCGGACGCCUGUCGACAGGCGCACGCGACGCUCGUGGAGUACCUGGACAAGGUCGUCGCGUUUCAAGACCCCGAGAGCGGCCUCUGGUGGCAAGUCCUCGACGCGCCCAACGACGAGAGGAACUACGUCGAGACCUGUGUGGACAUGAACCAGUGCGUCGCGUGCACCCAAUAAUUCUUCACGAAGUCAUUUCGCGGCGAUGACGCGGCCGUGCUGGCUCCGUCGAGCGGUGAGGAAUCGAGACCGCCACCCAUGAUUGGGCCGUGGGAGGAGACGCGCUGCGACAUUUGAUUUCCGCGCAGAUCGAGACCUCGGGCAGCUCCUUGAUCAUAGCGGCGCUCGCGGGGCUUUACAACAGGGGCGGCCUGCCCAAACACCUCGAGGAGCCUUUGUCCCGGGCCGCCCUUGCCCUUCCCGAGUACGUCGAGGCUCGCGGCCUGGCUUCGUCGAGUCGCGGCUCGUCCAUCAAGGCCCGCGACUACUACUUCGACCUCGAGCCCCUCAAAGCGCGAAAAAACGACUACGUCGGGGCGGCGGUGCUCGCUCUCGCCCGCAUCGCGCGCGCGCCCGCGGAGCCCGAGCCGGACCCGCGGCUCGCGUAUCCUUCGCCGACGCCUGCUCCGACGCCGGCUCCGACGCCCGCGCCGACGCCGGCUCCGACGCCUGCUCCGACGCCGGCUCCGACGCGCGCGCCGACGGCGCACGUCCCGGCGACGCGAGCGCCGACGAGUCCUUCGUCGAUGGUUUCAGCGGCAGCACCCCCACGACCCGCGCCGGACGACGCGCAGGACGACGCGCCGGACGACGCGUCCGUGUCGGCCGGCUUUGCGGGCGUCGCGAUCGGCUCGGCCGCCCUGCUAGGGCUCGUGACCGCGCGGCUCUGCCGAAAGCGGCGCACGCCGAGCACGCCGUUUAUCGACGAGCCGAGGUUCUUCGACGACGACUUCGCCGCGGUGGAUGUGAAGACGUAAGUGUGUAGUGUGACUCCUAUCGCCGCGCCGACGGCGUGCUGGCCCGAGACGCCGCCCGCGCGCGAGCGACCACAACAAGCGCCCCGGGC